GUUAAUGAACUACAACUCCAAUGGUGCUUUGCGGCGCCACGAGUUAUGAGCGGCCAGUCAUGAGGCUGGAAGUGAGUAUACAUUUGUAUCCGCUGAACCUGGGCAAGAAGAAGAAAGUUUUGAAGUAAAAUGCAUGGAGGUGAUGGGAGUGAGGUCAGUUCUGCACGAAACUCCACGGUUACGACUGUGAGGCCCAUGGAUGUGAUAGACAAUGAAAGCACCAAGGACCAACCCCCGAAAUUAUGCGGGUUUCUGAACAAGCUAGCUGGGAAGGGGCCACUGAGGGGUUUCAAAACCCGUUGGUUUGUCUACGAUCCCAGAAAAUGCUAUUUAUAUUACUUCAAGACUCCCCAAGACUCCCUACCUCUGGGACAUAUUGAAAUAGCCGAUGCGUGCUUUAGUUAUGAAGUGGACGCUGGCGAUGAAGGGCAGUUUGAGAUCCAUACAUCUGGAAAUGACUUUAUCCUCAAGGCUCCCAACAGACAGGUGAUGAGAUACUGGUUACAGCAGCUGCAGCAAAAGAGAUGGGAGUUCUGUAACGCUCGAGGAGCGGCCAGGGAUAGCUGGAACUCCCCCACACUGCCAGACCUUCCAACAGGACUGGUUGCCAAGGAUACAGAUGCCUUCUCAUAUGAAAAGCCUAGUGACUCCACGGAGAGUGUCCGCAAUGAGUUUGCUAUGGAAAUUGCCCCAGAAGGGCUUGUGGGAGUCAAUGCAGCCAGAAACCCUGCUGCCCAGCCCUCCACCAUCAACUUCUCCUUGAAGCAGUGGGGCACAGAAUUAAGGAAUUCAAUGUCCCAUCUGAGAGCAGGCAGGGGGAGCAGUGAGAACAGGAGGAGUGUUUUUUACACAGGCAGUGAGGAGUGGGAGAUGAUUGACCCCACCUCGAAAGACUUUCAGGAUCUGGCGACACAGGAAUACACAAGGAAAUCCCAACUGGAGGCAAACAGAGUUUCCCUAGGAUCUGCCUUCGCAUUUGAUUUUAGCCGCAAUUCUUCGAGACCGAAGCGGCCGUUUCUAAGAGACAUGAUUGGACCGAGCAAAAACCGGAGCAGCAACGAGGCCUCCCCGGUGGAGUGGAGUGUGAGCAACGGCAACAAACCCUCCGAGAGCCAGCUGAAAAUCCAGAGCCUGCAAGAGGAGCUCGUCAGACUGAAGGAAGAGCACACUAGCCAAAAGGAACUCGUCCGGCUGCUUCAGCAGACCUUGAGGGGUUCCCAGUAUGACAAGCGAUCCAGCAGCAUUCAGCCGGGCGGUGCCCCGGACGGCAUGGAGCUGGUGAGGGAGAAGGACCAGCAGAUCCAGGCUCUGAGCGCACACAUCGAGAAGCUGGGGCUGGAGAAGGAGAGCCUGCACCAGGAGGUGAAGUCUCUGAAGAACAAGGUGGGGGAGCUCAACGAGCAGCUGGGCAUGCUGAUGGAGACCAUCCAGGCCAAAGACGAGGUGAUCAUCAAGAACAGCUCCUCGCACACAGAGGAGGCUUCCAUACCCAGCAAGGACCUGCAGGAGCUGGACAGGCUGAAGGACAGUCUUCAGGGCUACACAACACAGAACAAGUUUCUGAACAAAGAGAUUUUGGAGCUAACUGUCCUGAGGAGGAAUGCUGUAGCAAGAGAAAAAGCCCUGGAGGCGAAGUGCACAGGCCUGGAAGCUAAGCUCUGCCAGAUUGAGAGCAAGUACCUGGUCCUGCUUCAGGAAGUGAAGAACCCGGUUUGCUCUGGGGAGCAGGGCCCGGCCCGCGAGGUCAUCUCCAGGUUACUGGAGGACGCGCUGGGGGUGGAAACUCCUGAGCACCCAGAACACACUGUACUCAAACCACACGCUGUCAGUGAGUUUGACGUCUUUGGUUUUAAGACUAUGCCGGAGGAUGACGAGGAGGAGCAGCUGGUAGCCAAGGUGAGAGCCCUGGACCUCAAGUCUCUCUCCUUCACUGACCAGGAGGUCUCUGUGGGGGUCAAAUGGGAGAACUACUUAGCCAGCACCAUGAACAGGGAGAUGGUGCGCACCCCCGAGCUCAAGGGCCUGAUUCGCAGCGGCAUUCCUCACGAACACCGCUCCAAAGUGUGGAAGUGGUGCGUCUGCUUCCACGUCAAGAAGUUUCGGGACACCGUCCCCCCAGACUAUUUUAACCAGCUGCUGCAGGAAGCCCUUGAAAAACAGAACCCGGCCUCCAAGCAGAUCGAGCUGGACCUCCUACGGACAUUACCCAACAAUAAGCACUAUGCUUCACCCACCUCGGAGGGCAUCCAGAAACUCCGCAAUAUCCUUCUGGCGUUUUCCUGGAGAAACCCCGAUAUUGGAUAUUGCCAAGGUCUUAAUCGGUUGGCAGCUGUAGCGCUUCUCUAUUUAGAUCAGGAGGAUGCGUUCUGGUGCCUGGUUGCCAUUGUGGAGGUUUUUAUGCCACGAGACUAUUACACCAAGACACUGCUAGGAUCGCAGGUUGACCAGCGAGUGUUUAAGGAUCUGAUGAGUGAGAAGCUCCCGCGUCUGCAUGUCCACUUUGAGCAGUACAAGGUGGAUUUCUCUCUCAUCACCUUUAACUGGUUCCUGGUGGUGUUUGUGGACAGUGUGGUCAGUGACAUCCUCUUUAAGAUAUGGGACUCCUUUCUAUACGAGGGACCAAAGAUCAUAUUUCGUUUUGCAUUGGCGCUGUUCAAGUACAAAGAGGAGGAGAUGUUAAAGCUGCAAGACUCCAUGGCUAUCUUCAAGUACCUGAGGUACUUCACACACAAUAUCCUGGACGCAAGAAAGCUGAUGUCCAUUGCGUUUGGGGGCAUGAAUCCAUUCCCUCUGCGGCAGAUUCAGAACCGCAGGACCUUCCAUCUGGAGAAGGUGCGCCUGGAGCUAACGGAGCUGGAAGCCAUCCGGCAGAACUUCCUGCAGCAGCGCGACACCAGCCUGGAGGGGAGGGGGCUUAUCAGCGACGACGAAGAGGACAAUGACUAGACCCUGCCACAAAUCAGAAAGAAAACAAAAAAACAAGAAUUCAACAUUCCUGUGUCUGGAAUUGUUUAAAAAAAUAUGCUGGCCGUAUUUCAUUUUUAUUACUCAUCACUCUGUGCUGGAAAGAUCUCCCUUCUGUUUUAUUAUGUAUGAAUUCUACUUCUGUGAAAUUCCAUAACCAAACUGCGCUCUCUCUACCAGUAUUUAUAUCAAUCAGUGAUUGUUGAACAAUAGCACUUUGCAAUCCUCCAGCUAUCUGCGGCCGGUUAUUGAACGUGUUAAGGCAAACGGUGCAAUAAUUAAUACACACGCCUCCUAUGUAUACAGGGUUUUGUUUAGAAUAGACCUUGAUGCUAACUUUUUAUUUUUUUAUUUUAAUCUUAUUAAAACUGUUGUAGUCGCCAAUUAAUUUUUACCCUGUUUUUCUCCCAAAUUGAAAUACUCAAUUGUGUUCAGGCUCAGCCCAAUGCUACCACCCCUGCGCUGACUUGGGAGCGGCGAAGACGAACACACGCUGUCCUCCGAAGCAUGUGCCGUCAGCCGACCGCUUAUUUUCAUUCUGCAGGCCCACCAUGCAGCCAGCCCAAAGCUACAGCGUCAGAGGACAAAGCAGCCCUGGGCAGCUUACAGGCAAGCCCAAAGGCGCCUGGCCAGUCUACAGGGGUCGCUGUUGCACAGUGAGCCAAGGACACCCUGGCCGAUCUAAGCCACCCCUUCCCCGGGCGGCGUUCGGCUAAUUGUGUGCCGCCCCCCGGGAGCUCCCCUCCAUGGUCGGCAGUGGAAUAGCCUGGACUCGAACCGGCGACGUCCAGGCUAUAGGGCACAUCCUGCACUCCACGCAGAGCGCCUUUACCGGAUGUGCCACUUGGGAGCCCCGACCUUGAUGCAAAUUUAUGUGUUUUGCAAUAGUGGCAUAGAAAGUCCCUGUGUGUAGUUUGAUUUAUUUUCAUGAAGGUUAGCUGCUCUUAAUUUUGAGACAAUUCUGAUAUGAAGAUAAGAGUUUACUUGUAAGUGGACUAAGUGAGUCGGUGAACUAAGCAUUACAAAUACUGUAGGUUUCAGUCUGUGAGACCAGCCAAUUCUAAAUGUAUUUCACUGAUAUUUUCUUCCCUUAAUUUCAUAAUUUUAUAACUUUUUUCUUUUUUUAAAUUUUUUUUUUUUUAGCUUGCAUUAACUAUACUGUGUAGAUUAUAUAGAGCUGGACUGUGCUAAAUGGCUUGUGAAAUGUUAGUCAGCCAUAUUUAUCCCAUGUCUGUGUUUGUCUGAGUAGCUUUGAAAGUUCAGUAUACACUUGCAUACUGAUUCAGGUUACAAAAUGCUUGUUUAUAGAAAAGGGACACAUUUGCUCAUGCAUUUAAAAAAAGACACUGAUUCAAUCCAAUAUUUUCUUGCGCUUGGAUCACUUAAUCUCCAAGGUGAGUCUCAUGCAUUUGGACUGCAGUAUUCCUAGAAUCAGAUGAAAAUGUAUAGUAUUUCUGGCUCUCUGGUCCCUAGUAAAAGCUCUCCUGGGUGAGUCGUGCAAGCAUGGCUCAAAUCCUGUUUGUGCUGAAUUGACAAUCCUUGAUGGGGGCACACAGUGUGUCCCGCAGGGAAACUCUCUGGUGUUAGUUCACAUUAUCACAUUUUAGCGACCCCUACUGGGCAGACAGAUACUUUUUUGCUGGGCCUCGCCUCCAAGGUUUAUUAGCUUGGCAACAUUUGUUGCUUUGGUUUGGCUUGUUAGUGGGAACAGGCCUUUCAAAUUAGGUGAUAAAACAGGGGUAAAACUAAAAAUAUAAUAGUAAUAACAUAUCAAAAUGUACAGUGCUUGGACAACUGUGGUUCUUAGUUAUCCAAUUUUGGUAUCUGCAUAUUAUUUGCUGUCAAACAUUACUCAAGCACAAUAAAAGUGAAGCUGUGGUGGCUUGCAUGCCAGUUUUGCAUGUCCUGAUUCUACUCAGCAAUCCUGGUGCUCACUGCAGUGUCCAGUUGAGAUGCUCAAACAGUAUAAACUCAGCUUGUGCCCCCAAUCAAAAUCUUUUAUAUACAUUCCUGUUCCAUUUGCGUCAUGUCUUGUUUGUGUAUCGCUGGUAAUUACAUGGGGGAGGAUCUGUCAGAUUAAUGUUCAGUUCAAAGGCACAUUCAAAUGUAAAACCAGAAGGUUACUUAAGGACACAAGUGUAUUUCAGGUUUGUAACAUUGACAAGUUUGAUUUCAAAUGUAAACGUUUUAAGGAGACCUUUUUUUUUUUGCCAAAUUCCACUUUUGUAUAAAGACAUUCCCAAAGGCCAAUAUUCUUAACCUUUACGUUCGUCAUUGCUUAGUAUAUACGAGUGGUUAAGAUUGCUCCACUCCAUCUGAGAAUGGGGCUGUUUAAUGUUGCUUCAUUGAGAGGUGGCCUCUCCAGUGAUCAUACUUUUGCAAUAUCAGUGCUUCAAUCCUUUUUUUCAAGGCACACGUUUUGCACAAUCAUUCCUUUUAUGGUUGGGUCUAGCAGCUAUAUAAAACCUUGUCUAAUAUAUUUUACUGCACAAAUGUUUCAGCAGGACCUAAUUUUGCUUCAUGUAUAAGGUUCACUGUGUAUACUGUUCCCACUUCUGGGAUGCCUUCAGUUACCCCUAUGCCUAUCUUUUCAGGUUAACAAUAUUCAUAUUAAUGAAAUAUAGUACGUAUGAAAUAUUAUCAUUCCCCUUGACCAAUAGCACUUGUAUUGUGCUGCAUUAUAAAGUUCUUAUACUGCAGUUUCCUUUAGUAAUUCAGUUUCAGAAUUUGAAAAGUAAACAAAAAACUGCAAAAGUGCAUUUCUGUUAUGGAAAGUGAUAAUUGCAAAAAAAAAAAAUACAUUUUGGCUAUUCAAAUAUGUGCCAUGCAAAAAGAAUAUAUUGGAUCAUUUUCAAGUUGUAUUUUGAAAUAGUUGAAUAAGCUAGCUGACAUGCCCAGAAGCCUUGUACUAUAUUAUAAUACAAUACGAUGCUGUAUCUGUUCAGUGUUACUGGCAGGCAUCUUUCCUUGGUUUUCUGAAUCUGUAUAAUAUCUGCAGUAGAAUUUUUUUUUUGUGUUUUUCAUUGCACAAGAACCCUGUUGAAUGAUCAAAUUGUAAUUGUUACAGUAUCAAAACAUCCACAGUUUUAUGUUUUUGUAUCAGCAGCAAGAUUGUAAGUAAACACUCUGUUCUUUGUA